UUUCUCCAUUUGGGAGAAAUGGAGAAACAUUUAAUGUGCACACCUCCACUGGGCUCCAUUUUAAGUCGCCCCAAUGGGUUAAAUGCAGCACCAUCAGAUUAUUUCACUAUAAAAUUGGGAAAAUGUAUUUUUAUGAGUAAAAUAAUCUGCCGUUGGAACUAGUACCUUCAUUGUUAUCAAUAUGAAGGAGUUAUUGACUUAAAACAAACUAAAACAGUUACUUCACUAAAAAAUUACUAGUAAGUUAGUUUUGUCGAGACAAACUGGACAAAAAUACUUUGUAAGAUUUUGUGCUUUGUUGAAAGAAACCAUCCCAAGUCUUGUUUUGAUAUUUUAGAAAACGUUUGAACUAAAGAUAUUGUUAUUCUAAAUCUAAAUUAAACUUCUACACAAGAAUGUGGAGAUAUUAACUGUUUAGUCUGUUGUAAAAUUGCUAAAAUCAUAUAUCUAGCUGAACAGUUAAUUGAAAUUUAUUUUUUGUCUAUUUUCGGGUGUAAUCAGAUAUUUGCAGUAGAAACUAGAUAGAAACUCUCCUUAGCACAAUUUAAGUCACCCCAAUAGAUUAAAUGUUGCAGUGGGAGAUUAUUUCACUUAAAAAUGGGAAAAUGUAUUGUCAUAAGUUAAACAAUCUGCCUUUAGUCUCUUUUUAAUCAAUACUAAGGACUUACUGACUUAAAGAAAAGCUCCUAUUUCUUGCUAAAAAGUUACUUAAAGUUAGUUUUCUCAAGACAAACUAGACCAAACGUCUUGGUAGGAUUGUGUUUUUGCAGUGUACCAAAGUUUAAAGGUGAACCACCUGAAGCUGACUCCACCUUCAGUCCUCCAAUCUGUAAAAGGAAUCUGUUUCUCCCUCUCCUUCUUCCUCGCUUAAACUCCUCCAGCGGCAGAGAUCCGAUAUCGCCCUCGUCUCCAGACACAGAAGGCCUUGUGUCCCGCCGAGCCUCGUCCUCCCACCAUGUACUCUGCAGGCCUGGAGAUCCUGGGGAUGAUCCUGGCGGUGGCGGGCUGGCUGGGGGUGAUGGUGGCGUGCGGCCUGCCCAUGUGGCGCGUGGCGGCCUUCAUCGGCCAGAACAUUGUCAUCUCCCAGGUGAUCUGGGAGGGCCUGUGGAUGAACUGCUCGGUGCAGAGCACGGGCCAGAUGCACUGCCGCGUCCACGAGUCCAUGCUGGGGCUUCCCACGGACCUGCAGGCCGCCCGGGCCUUGGUCAUCGUCUCCAUGGUGAUGAGCAUCGUGGGAAUCGGCUUGGCGGUGGCGGGCGCCAAGUGCACCAACUGCAGCCGGGACGUGAGCAGCAAGCCGCGACUUGUGGCGGCGGCCGGCGUGACGUUCGUGGCGGCCGGGCUGCUGAUGCUGGUGGCCGUGUCGUGGACGGCCCACGCCAUCGUGCUGGGCUUCUACGACCCCAUGCUGGAGGAGACGGGGAAGCGGGAGUUCGGGAACGCUCUGUACUUCGGCUGGGCCGCGUCCUGCCUGCUCAUCCUGGGGGGCGCUCUGCUCUGCUGCUCCUGUCCGUCUAAAGCAGCGGCAGCGCCAAGUGGCGCCGUCUCCGCAGCGCCCAGGGUGGAUUACUCAGCCGUCAAAAGCACUUCGGUCAACGGAUACCCCAGGAAGGACUAUGUCUGAACGACUGAUGUGACUGAAAAUGUUUGUGGAUAGAAAAACAAAAACAGAGAAUCUUACCAAGUAUUUUCCUCUAGUUUCUAAUGCAAAACUGAACAAAACUAACUUACAAGGAACUUUUCUACAAAAUAGGAGCUUAAACUUUGAAGAUGAACUGUGAUUUAAACCAUUUUACAACUAAAUUUAUUCAUAAAAAUCUAAUUUUGAUUUAGGACAAUCGUUUAUCGUUUAGUCUAAAGUUUUCUAAAAUAUCAGAUUCUUAAUUAAAAUGUUCAGAACAAGCAAAAAUCGUGAUGGUUUUACAGUUUUUUGCAACAACUGCAAAAAAAUAAACAUUUAAAAUAAAAUCUUACCAAGUAAUUUUUCUCUGGUUUCUAGGAAAACAUUUUAACACACAUGAAUUAAGACAAAACUAACUUACAAGUAACUUUACAGAUAGAUUUAGGAGCUUAUUCUAAGUCAAUAAUUCCUUAAUGUUAAAACACUUAAUAUUGGAAAAAAUGUUUUGUUACAAAUAAAAUAUCAACCA